AUGGCUUCUCCUAAGGUCUUCCUGACUGGUGCGUCAGGAUAUAUUGGGGGUGAUGCCCUUUACACUAUCACCAAUGCCCAUCCUGACUGGCAGCUGUCGGCUUUGGUCCGCAACAAGGACAAGGCAGAGCAGGUCAAGACCCAGUACCCGAACAUCCGGAUUAUUUACGGUGAUCUGGAUUCCUCAGAUAUCAUCGAGGAAGAAGUCAAAAAUGCCGACAUAGUAUUUCACUUCGCCGACUGUGACCAUGUUGCAGCGGCCCAAGCCAUUUCAAAAGGCUCUGAGAACCACACAGCUGAGCGCCCUCUUUGGUUGAUCCAUACCUCUGGCACUGCGAUCCUGACAGUCGAGGACCGACGUGCUUACACUUACGGCAUUGAGCGCCCCAAGGAGUACAACGACUGGGAGGGCGUCAAUGAGCUUAUCAACCUGCCUGAAGAUGCUUAUCACCGCAAUGUCGACAAGAUUAUCAUUGAUACUGGUAAGCGUAAUCCAUCCAGUGUCCAUACCGCGAUUGUCUGCCCGCCUACUAUCUAUGGCCCCGGCCGUGGACCCUGCAACACCAAGAGUGUACAGGCCUACUGGCUGAGUGCUGCGGUUCUUAAGCGCGGCAAGGGCUUCCUCGUCGGCAAGGGCGAGAAUAUUUGGCAUCAGGUGCAUGUCCAGGAUUUGAGUGACGUAUACGAGGCCCUGGGUGCCGCAGCCGCGGCUGGGGGCGGCAAGGCCACUUGGAACGACGAGGGUUAUUACUUCGUUGAGAAUGGUUCUUUCAUCUGGGGUGAUAUCCAGCGAAAGGUUGCUGAAGAGGCUUAUGCUCAAAAAUUCAUUCAAUCUCCCGAGGUUGAUUCCUUGGAUGAUGUCCAGACUACCAAAAUCCAUUCGGCUGGGUGGUACGCCUGGGGUUCCAACUCCCGUGGCCACGCCAUCCGUGCCCGUAAGCUGUUCGGCUGGGAUCCGAAGCGGCCUACCCUGAUUGAAUUGAUCCCGGAUAUUGUUACAUUGGAGGCUAAGGAUCUUGGCUUAAGAUAG